GGUUUCCUGCGAUUUGCUUGUGGUUUGGAGUUUUGCACAAGGAGGUGUGUGUAUUCUGGAGAAGGGAUCACCAUGACGUAUGUGCCAGUGUUGGGGGAUUUUUUGCAUGUGUGCAGAAACACCAGGCUUCCAUCCAGUACUGUUACUUUUUCGUCUUCUGGUUUGCAUUAUCUCAAGCUGUCUGAGGAUCGACUGUCUGCUCCGCUCACAGGAGUGGCUGGCUUCUCUUUCCUGUAACAGGAAAUAUUCAUCGAACUCCUUUCUUUCAGCUAUAAACCCUGUGCUUUUGGUAAAGUUUCGUUCAGAAGCGAGGGGGAGAAAAAAAGAAUCUUCAGCAUGUGAAGCCUACAACAUAAAACGGGUAAGAGGCUUCAUUUUUACUUGUUUUUAUCUCUAACAUUCACAAAGUGAAAAUAAUGUUAUGUCUAUACAAAGUAAACAUCUAACUACAUAGACAGGAGUUUGAAUAUCCAAGGCACUAAAGGGCACACGUCAGGCUGUAUUGCAGGGUCAUAAAACAGUAACAGAGAAAAUUGUCCCAGCAACAUUUUAACUGUUUCCCAGCAUCCUGGAAAAUUUAGUUCACCAACAUCUGCAGGUUUAAGGUGAAUCAGCACAGUAGUAGUUUAUAGUUGGUGUGCAUGACGUAGUUGUGGUGGCGAAGGAGUUCAAGUUCACUAUAUGUCUGCACUAGACCGGAAAUCAUUACAAAAUCCCCCUUAACACCACCCACACUUAAACAUCAUAAUAUAACUAUUACUUUUUAUUUUGUACAGAGUAAACAUUAUUGUGGCAUUCAAUAACGGCACCUUUUUUAGUAAUUAAAGACAUGUUAGGUUUAAGACAUUGGUUUUAACUAGGUGGGUGCAUACGUUAGGUGCAUUAGGCAUAAUGGUUAAUGUCUAGUGAAAGACGGUGUGAUAUGACAUCUAGAGCUUAGCUUUGUAAACAGUACAAGUAUGAUUUGCUAUGGGCGAACUGUGUGGCAGGUCAGUGUGGUAGGCGAUAGAAUAAACACAUAGUGCCUGACCUCCGUGUGUGUUGUUAGAUGACUAGCCAAAAACAUGGCAGGGUGCAUUCUGUUUAAGCCGGAACUAGUUAUGCCCGCCAGACAGGUUAAUUUGUGUGUCUGGUAUGCAAGCUAGACGAGAUAAUAUAAAAUAAACAUGCAAGGUUAUAUACAGGCUACAUCAAGGAUUAGGAGGCGGUAGGGGCCCGGUAGUGGGUCUCUGCGGUCCGCUGCUGUGCAGAUGUAAGUGAGGGUUUCCCUCCAGCUCCAGGCUGGUGUGCUGGCCUGCAUCUUUUAACCACAAACUCGGUCACCUCUGGGGCCCGAGUUUACUCCACGUUAUAUACAGGCUACAUCAAGGAUUAGGAGGCGGUAGGGGCCCGGUAGUGGGUCUCUGCGGUCCGCUGCUGUGCAGAUGUAUGAGGGUUUCCCUCCAGCUCCAGGCUGGUGUGCUGGCCUGCAUCUUUUAACCACAAACUCGGUCACCUCUGGGGCCCGAGUUUACUCCACGUGUGGGAGUGAUGGAGAAUUUUGUAGUCUUCUGUUGUUUGCGUUGUUUAUGCCUUCGUAUGUAUGGGCGAUGCGUCUGGAUUAUCAGCCCAGGUGGGCCAGGUAGAGUGUGGGUGAAUGGAUGUGGUUGUGUUGCGCCCAAGGGUCUGCCGCUCACCUGCCUUCCGUGGAUCAGGCUUGUCGGUUUGGGCUGCUAACUGCCACUGCCUGAGCUUGUCCCAGAAGUGGUUGAAAAUCGCCUCUAGUAGCUGUGAUAGGUCAGACUGUUGCUGUUGUAGUGUCGGCAGCAUGCUCUGCUGGUGUGUUAUACUGUCUGCCGCCAUCUUGGAUGCGCCUUGUGAAGGACUGCCCCUCCGUGUUUCAGGCUCAGGCUUGUGGUAAGACCUUGACAGGCUGCCCCAGUUGUCCAGUGAGGACCGGGAUAACCCCUGCCGGUCCAUGGGAGGGGGGUAGGAGUUGAGUGUGUCGAGGGGUCCGUGCGUGACUUUGCCAUCGGGGAGAGCGGCCACCUCUCCCAGGCUUGGUCACAUGUAGGCCCCGUUUGCUUUUGCGGGUUCCCGGGAAGUGUGCGUCUCUAUUUUUGUGUCGUUUGAUGUCCCCGGGUUUCCUCAGCAUGCCGCAUGCCCUCCUUCCGGUAACCACUCAGGUUUUCGGGGUAUUUACUCCUGGUUUUGUCGCUUUGGUCAGGAGCUGUUUCUCUGUGCGUCUUUCCAGCUAGGCAGUUAGGCUCUGCCCCAACUAUUACUAUUUUAACGCUGCCACCACCAAGAAAAUGUAUAAAUGGGGUGCCUUGGUCUCCCAGGUAAAUCAAUAAUAAAAACCCACCAAAUAUUACUUAGCACAACAUCUAUGUAAUUGCAAAAUACUAAUUAGUCUGUUCAGGCUCUAUGCAAAUUACACUUAUAGGGUUAGUCACUAAAUGAAUCCCUGAAUGUAUCACGGAGAAGUCCAAAGUUAAUUUAAACUAUUAGCCUAAAAUAGCCAAAUUGAAAAUAAAUCUGACUUGGAGAAUUUUUCCAAUUCGACUGCUCUGGCUGGUCACUGCACACUACCUCUUGUAUUAUAUGAAGCAAGGCAUAUAAUCCUGGGUGUGGGGCUGCACACUACUGGGGAUCAAGCAUUUCUGCUAAAUAAUUAGUAAAUCGAUUAGUGGUGAUGCUGGACCUGGUGCCCACUGACUCCUAGCACCAUAACUACUUAAGUCAGUUAAAGUGGUUAUAGUGCAUCUCCCUUUUGCUUCAGUAAUACAGCUUUACAUAAUAUCGUGGUAUUAGAAAUCUGAAUAUUGAACAGUUUCCAAAAACCCAUAAUGUGCCUGAGUGUCAAGCACUUUUUUUAAUGGAAAAAGUUAAGUUAGCCUGAUUGGUUGAGUCACUUCAGGGUUUGGUGAGAUUUCAUUACAGAAGUUGGACAGAUUGUUGUUAUACAGCAAAUACAGGAAUUUCAAGUGUAUCUUUUUUAUAUUUUACUUUUUGCAUAUUUUCAAUGCAUUGCCCGGAGACUCCCUAUUAAUUUAUCAUAAUUUCUUAUUUUUAUUGCUUGUGCUCACUUGACCCUUUCUUGCCAAUGCAUCCUUGUUUUACCCCAGGAACAACAGAUGCAAUGUUUUGUUCUUCGACUAUCAGUACAAAAUGUAUCUUAUUCCGCAUUAUGCAAUGCAGUGAAGCAGAGAAACCUGCUAUUAAACUGUGUCCUCACAUCAUCACAGCCUGGAAGUUGUCAGAAGAAUGUGUCUGUUUUAAUGAACAUGUGAGGUUAGAAUCCAGCACGGUGACUGUAGAACUUACUUGACUUGUUGCCGUGGUUUGGAAUACAUGAUAUGAGCUCGGUUUUAUUUCUGUCUAUGCUUCUUAUUUAGGUAUUUGUUUUAGAUCUGAGCUUUGUACUGUGGGCCCAGUUUGAUAAUCUAUUGUAAAAUGGGGAUUAUCAUUUUAGAGGAAUUUUUAGUGUUCUGUUUAAUUAUUUCCAGUUUUUAAACAAAUGUCUUUUUGAUAUCUGAUAAAAUUAAAUGUAGAAAUGCCCUCUGCGUUAUUGGUCUCUAUUCUGGCAUUGAGCACUAUUCCUGUCAAUCAUUGUUAAAAGCUCUGCCGGUCUGUCAGUCAGCAUAGAAAGAUAAGGGGAAAUAGAAACUUCUACUCCAAUGCAACAUGUGUUCCGGUUUCAGUAUUUUUAUUUGUUGGUUCCCGUUUUAAAUUGUGUAAGUGAUCAGCCAUCAGGUUUUGCUACAACUCGCCACACCAGAGCUGCAGUGAAUUGUCCUAAAUCUAUCCAGUAUCUGGAUCAAACAAAAUAAUGGAGUCAAGGCUCAGCCAGGCCAGACAUCAGUGCUAUGCAUCUUUGUCCACACAAACACAAGUGAAAAGCCUUACAUACAUAACUAACCACACAUGAACCUAACACACUAACACAUACUUACACGCAGAUUGCUCGCCAGCAUGCAUACAGAAACAAACACUUGCACAGACAUUGACACAAACAGACAUGCAUAUGUAGAACACAUUUAUAGACACACACUAGCAGACAGACACAACUGUAUAUAUAAAAAGACAAUGACACAGAUAGUAAACCUACAAAGAUAUACACAACCAUACACACAUACAGAAUUUAUUGAAUGUUAGCCUAAUAGCCAAUACUGUCUGAAAAAGCCUUUUCCAAUUAACCAGUCCCAGGGCACUAUUUAGAGGGGUGAUGGAGGGAAUGGUGAGGCAACAAUAAAAAGGUCUUUGGGUGGUUCGGUGUAUGGACAGGAGGUGCCAUCAUUGUAGGUGACCGGGACUUCCCAUUUAGCAUAGUGGAACUCUGCACUGGAUUACAGGAUGCUCACAGCCCAGUCAAAACGGAACAUCCGUACUAUGCUAGCUAGACACCUCAAAUCCGAGCACCUUUUGGAGAACAUAGGUGCUCAGGAGAGAGGUAUCCGGGGGUGGCACUGAUUUUGAGCAUACGGGCACAGGAACUUAUAUUUUUAUGUUGAAAUGUUAUUCAGCUCAGAAGUGUCCGCUAAUAAAACUAUUUGGUCCGGCACAGACACCUAGGUACCAGGUAUGUAGUAAGACCCAUUGUUUUCCUGGGGUCCCAGGUAUAAAGGAAGUGACAUUCAGGCAAUAAAGGCAUUCUGAUUUCACUCUGACAUUAAGCCUCGGCUAAUGAUUGGGGAUGAGCUAUAAUAACUCUCAGAGCUAAUCACUAGGGAGGAAAGGGGACCUUUCCGGUAAGAUUCAAGCUACUUGUUGAUAGACCGCCACAAAUGUUUAAUUACCAUCCCCUUUCUGCAAUUCUCACAGUAUUAUACACAUACCCUUUUGUUAGCGUUUAUCUUGCAGGGAGGGGGAGCAGUAGCAUCUUUUGGCCUUGAGUACUAACAAGUAAAAAAAAAAAGUGUAUUUGCUGGCUACACACUUUUGCCCAUUAACCCUUCUUUUUCCAGACAGCAAGCGUAUUCAAUAUAUCAGUUGUAUUAUACUGGUUUGCAUGUUAGCAUUAAAUAACUAUUUGGAUAUUUGACACAUUUACAUACAUACAGACAGAUUAACACACACACAUCCACAUACACAAUAUUUUAUAAUAUAUACAAUUACAUAAAAAAAAAGUGUUUAUAAUGUACUUAAACACUGUAUAAGUACAGCUGUUUUACAAUCUUAGUUUCUUUCCCUAGUGUAUAAAAUAUUAGGGGGGGAGAUGUGGGGGUGUGUGCGUGCGCGCGUCCGUCCCAGGGUUCACAAAAUAGACAAAUUCAACUCCGAAGUUUGACUGACAGGAAUAAUAGAUCACACAGGCCCUGCUCAAAUGAGUAUAGAAUCUAAAAGAUAUUGUGCACAACUACAUAAAAGUGUAAUGGUAAAAUACUUUGUGUUCAAAAUAUGAAUGGGUUGAUUAGUCUGUAAACAGUAUUUGAAUAAUCAAGAGAGUCAGGUUAAUGUCACACACACAACUUUUAUGAGUACUACUGUUUGUCACAUGUAUUCAUGCAUAAACUGUCCCUGGCAGCAGAGAACCACUAACAUAUCACAGUGUCCUAGGCAGGUUACCAGUUUGGGAUCCCCUUUCCAUUUGUCACUUUACUAAGGGAUGAUGAAUGGGGCAAAGCAAAUUCAUAUUCAGGCCCCUGAUAAUCAUUGAUUGCCUGUCUUUCAAAUACUUCUCAUUGAGCUGCAUUGGGAAGUCUGUGUAAUUAGACGGACACAAAGUCUGGUUGGGGUUCGAAGGGGAGAGCUUGCAAAGGCUGCAGAUGAGAUCUGCAGCUUUUACUAGCUGUUUUUAAAUAUGACUCCAAUAAAAAAAUGCAUAAUGAAAUGGACACAUGUUUUCACUGGGAUUAUAUCUACUAAACAGUGUUUUGUUUUAUUUAAGCAGUGGAGUGUCCCUUUAAACAGGAGGCUGGAUUUAAAGAUGGCAAUGAACACAUCUAAUUUAAAUCACAUGAGGGAUUUCAUUCUUUACUUUAGAUACUUGCUUUGUGGUGACCCCCUUCAAACGUUAACACAGUGAUUCCUAACCAGUAGGUUUUACUAAUACAAAAUUAUCAUGCUAAAAAAAAAAAAAAUUAACAACCAGGGGGGAAAAGAAGAUUUUUUUAUUUAUUAUUAUUAUCAUAAUUGAUUGAGCUCUGUACAACCUAUUUGGCUGUGUCUGGAUCUCCGUUUGUGUCUGCCUAGACAGGCUUAAAAUAACUUCUAGAAAAACAUUUGCAAAACAACCACAGAUGGACACCGCUGAGAGGCUUGAGCUCAUGCUGGUGAUUUUGUUUUGCUUGAAAUGACCAUAAUUAGUCUAUUUAACAAGACAUUGACCUUUAUUAAAGUGAAGGAAGAUGCAGUAUUUAUCAUUGCACAUCACGUGACACUGUGUGAAAGGCUCGCUCAGCUCUGAUUAGGUUAUUGGUGGAACCAGCCAGUAUACACAGUUAUUGCAGGGGUAGAUGGACAGUUUUCUAACCUAUAUCCUUCAUCAAAGAGAACUGGGAACUUACCUUGGAACUCAGAUAUUUGUGAAGUAUAUUUCCUGUGAUGCCUAUACCAAGGUUGCUAAACAUCACAGAAAAUGUAGAUCGCUAGCAUCUGACUGCAAAAGCUAGCUAUUAUUACUCAAUGGGUUUUUGGGCUGCUCUUUUUGAGGUACUCAUCACUUGUAGUCUGCUACAGAAACAGAAUGGCUAACUGAAUCUCCCUCCUAAUCUUUUUGUUUUAAUUCAUAAAUAUGUAUCAAAAUAUAGCAUUUUUACUUAGAAAAAGAACUGUAUCUUGGGUUCUCUUUUUUGUUUUGUUUUUAUUAGUAGAAUUUGACGGCCAUCACUUUGAGAAGAGUGAAUUUGUUUGCUGUAAAACAUUAUUAACUUUGGUCAUUUUCCCCCAGGCUGUCUGAGCCCUUGGGCUUUUUCCCAGGAAGCGUUUGUGUGCAUUUGCCAUGGGCAACCCUACUGAUGGAGAAGAGGUUUAUGUAGCUGUUAUUCGACCAAAGAAUGCUGGAAGCCUCAGCUCUCGAGAUUAUCGAGCAAAGCUAUAUGAAGUAAGGACAGGGCCUACUCUAUUAUUCGAUUUUUAGAGAAAACUCCAGCACUAUAAAAUGAAGGGUGGUGUGCAGGAUCAACCGCCAGUGGUCAGUUGGUGCUACUUUGUUGAAAGCAUUUUUAAAGCUUUGUGUAAGAGCCGCCCUCAAGAUAAGACUGUGUGGAUUUGUCUCUAAGCAAGGUAUUGUGGAGCACUGACCAAAAAACAGAAAUUGAACAUUUUUGACUAAAAUAACCACACUUGGAAAAAUUGUAAUGCUAUGAUUCUGGCUUUAAAUGCCCUUUGUUUUUAAUUUCUCACAGUCCAGGGCACAUUAUGCAGUGUUAUCAUACCCUCUAUCAGUCACACCACUCACACCUAGUGUCAGGGAAGCAAUAAGACAGAAGUGUGAAAUGGUAAAUAGGUUAAUAACUGCACAGCCAGACAAAGCAAGGGUUUCUGGGAGUUGUAGUUUAUCUGCUUUCUCGUUAUGGAAGAUAUUAGCUUAGCUACAACUUGCAAGAAAACUUUGCUGUGCUUUCUGAUAGCACGAAACAAUUGCAUCUCUGGAGAAACACUGCAGGUUAGGAGGGAGGGACAGAAAUAGGAUUGGGGAGCCGUGACAUCCUUCAACUACUACAGUAACAAGCAAGAAGAAAGUAUUUUAAAACAUAUUUCUUUUAAAUUAAUGCUUUGAGCAACAGCACAUUUUUUUGUCCAAAUGAAUGCUAGAAAAUUGUUGCCACGUUUUUUGUUUCUCCUGAUUUGUAGAUAUUAAUGAUUGAGGUACCAGUGGAAGGCCAAAAGAAAAAACGGAGGAAGAAUCUAUUAGAGACUAAACUCCAGGGAGAAAAGGACACGUCACAGGAAAUACUGGACUAUGUUUUAGAGUCCACCAAACUUAUUUCACCUUCAAAUCAAGGUGUUAAAGGCAAGUACAAUACUACUUGUUGGCAAUCUUGAGGGUAGAUUUCUUUUCGUCAUAACAUACAUUUUAAUGCAAAACGCAUUAGAGACGUUUUUCCAUUGUACGUCAAAGUAUGGAUUCGUCUGAGCAAUAAAGAACGGGAUUUAUUGGAUCGAGCAGCAGAUUUAAUUUCUUUGGUGGAUCGUUGCAUCCUUUUCCCAUUAAUUAUCUAUUUGUGUUAUAACUAACACACCUUGCAACUUAGGUAGAUAACUAUUUAAAAGCGCAAGCCUUAUCUGUAAGGACAUGUCUCAGUCAGUCGAUUACUUCAGAAGUUGUAUGACAAAUACUAAUGAUGGACAUUGCCACUUUCCUACCAACACAUUAUUAGCCAUAACACAUAAUGUAGUGACAAUUCCUGAUAAAUAUUGCCUUAAUUACCAAAUCUGGCAGUCUUACAGUCACGCGUACACAGUGAUAGAUAAAACUACAGUAUACUUGAAUUUAUCACUGAGAUAUCUGCUAUGUACUAAACAACACAAGUAGCCAAGCAAACAGGCAGGCUAUAUAUCUGUCUUGAGAUGAUAGCAGCUAAUGAAAAAUAAAUUUUACUGACUUCUUUUACAUGUUUAUUUUAUAUAAUGGAUUUCUACAGCAAUCCAUAAAGAUCAGCCCUCUGAAACAGGGGUAGGGUGGAAUGUAGAAGCAUGCUUGACAAGUUCAGCAAUAUAUCAUUUUUUUGUAAUAUCUUUUUCACCCUUGGUGUCUUUGCAUGUGUAGGUAAAAGAGUUGUAUUGAUGAAAAAAUUUCAACUUGAUGGAGAAAAGACUGGCCGGGAAGCGGGUCUUUUUCUAGUCCCCACGGCUGUUAAAGGUACCUUUUUUUUUUUGUCUACACACACAGAGUUCCAUAGGUAAUGCUGGUUCGCCUUUGCACUCCACAUAUUGUUCUCUUCAUUUCAUCAUUUCCCAUGAUGCUCCAUAACCUGUUUGGCUUACUAAGCAUCAUGGGAAAGGUAGACCACUGCAGGCAGCUAAGUUGCCCAAGGAUGGCCAUCACUCUGCACACAGUUUGUUGACUUCUUUGUACUUAAAAGGUGUGUCAAGCAGGUAAAAUUAAGGGUAAUGGUUAAAUUUGAUGGUUAUUUUUAAUUUUUUGUUGUUGCUUUUUUUCCAAGAAAAUGUGAAGAGCACUUGUAACCCAGGAACUCCGGUUUUCUACUGUCUGCAAGAUAUCAUGAGGGUCUGCAGUGAAUCAAGUACUCAUUUUUCCACAAUUACAGCCCGGAUGUUAAUUGCUCUAGAUAAGUAAGCUGUAUUUUUAUUUUUUUGACAGAAAGCAAUGUAUUGUAUGUGUUUCAUUCCUGAUAUCAAUCUGAUUUUUUUUUUAAUUUUUUUUAAUUUUUUUUAUUGAAUUUAAUAUAAUUCCUUCUAAUAUGGUUGAGCAUGGAUGUCAAUAAAGGUGUCUAUGCUUUGCCCUCGGGCUCUUUCUGGCUCGGGCUCUUUCUGGCUUUCUGGCUACAAUAUAUAUUUCUCUGCCACCCGGCAAAUUAUGUGAGCUGUGAUCUAUUGAUAGAUGACAGGAGGACACGGUCGGAUACACAGUGGAGAUGGAUCACUUUGUCCAAUGCCAAAUUAGCCAACUGAACUCUAAAGCUCCUCUGUCAUGAUUUUCCUCUUCUUAGAAUAAAAUUAUUUGGAAAAUAUACACCAAUACAUGGAUGCCAAAAAUUGGAAGAGCAUUGCAUCUAUGCAUAAAGAAAUUCAGUGUUUGGUAGAUGGACCAUUGUGCUGGUGGUCACCGUUUAAAAAAAGCCAACCUUUGUUCAGACCAAAAAUUCCUUCUUGGAUAUAGUCCUUCAUAAAUGAGGGCAGACUAAAAGGGAACCGUCUGUCGUGUCACAGGAGCCGGACUGUGAAUAAUAGCAUAAACUUGACACAUUUCAGUCUAGCACUUCAUCAAAGGCAUAAUUAAACAUGUAAACCCCAUCAUAGAUUGUGGAUGUCUGUAUUCCAGCAAGGAUUUGUUGAGAAAGUGGAUUGUAUAAACUUUUUUAAUAAUAUUGAGGAUAUAGAGCAGGGCCACUAAACCUUAUUUAAUGACACAGGAUUGGGAAAAAACAGGUACGAGAAAGUAGCCGUAUGCAAUAAAAUAUGUAUCUAGAUAGAACGAAAGUCAUUAAGGAUUAUGGUGGGAUUCAUAUUUAAUUAAAUCCGUUAAUAAUGGUGAUCAGGUUUAAGCUAGUGUGAUAAUUCGUAAAUGGUUUCUUUAUAACUGUGAUCACAGACUAACCUAAGCUGUUCGUUGAUUACUUUUCCCAUGAUGCUCAGCAAGUGUUAACGUUCAGCAUCACAGUUUCAUGGUAAUUGCUCACAUGGUAUUUUGUUUCUAUACAGGUGGUUAGAAGAACAGCAUACCCAGUCCCAUGCCAUCUCUGCUUUGUUCAGGCCUUCGCCUCUAGAGAGGAUUAAAACCAAUGUAACGAACCCUGCGUAUACCACAGAAUCUUCCCAGUCUGAGCAUUCCCUGCACAUGGGCUAUACCGCUCUGGAGAUAAAGAGUAAAAUGAUGGCCCUGGAAAAGGCUGACCUGUGUAUCUACAAUCCUUUGUUUGGGUCUGAUCUUCAGUACACAAAUAGGGUAAAGUGCCUACAAUGUUUCCAUCAUAAAAUGUUCAAAUAUAGAACAUGAAAAGGGAACGUGCGGAGGUGACAUGUAAUGAAUAAGAACAAUGCAAGAGUUUAUGUAUGGGAAAAAAAAAGGGGGGGGGAGAGAGAGAGAGCGUGUGUGUUUGUUUUGCGAGAGUUAAAAUACACUUGGCUGGAAAAUUUAACAAAUAUUUGCAUUCUCUUUACCUACCUACCUAUAUAUAACCUUUUUUUUUUUUAAAUAUAUAUAUGUAAGUUUGCUAAUGAUAAAACAAUAAAAUGCAAUAUUAAAGGGACACUCCGGGCACCCAGACCACUUCUGCCCAUUGAAGUGGUCUGGGUGCCAGCUCCCAUCACCCUUAACCCUGCAUGUGUAAUUAUUGCAGUUUUUACCUUGCAGGGUUAAGUCCUCUUCUAGUGGCUGUCUAUGAGACAGCCAGUAGAGGGACUUCCGGGUUCUUAAACGACUUUUUGGUCGCUUAAACAUGCUGGACGUCCUCACGCUAUGCGUUGCCUCCAGCAUCGCCGGAAUCCCCAUAGGACAGCAUUGAAUAAUGCUUUCCUAUGGGAGCUCUAAUGCGUGCGUGCGUGCGUAUACGGCGCAUGCGCAAUAGGUCUUCCCCGCUGGCAGACAUCAGGUAUGUGUCGGAAGGAGUUUUAAUCCCUACAGCAACAUGGGGUGGGGGACAGGAGGGAAGGGGGCACUGUAGGAUUCUCUAGUGCCAGGAAAACAAGUUUGUUUUCCUGGCACUGGAGAGUCCCUGUAAACAACUGAUUUAGAAAAUCAAGGUUAAUAUACAGAUUAUUAAUUACUUGUUAAUCCAGAAAGAAAUCAUGUUUUAAUCAAACAAUUUUUCUGUGUCUUUAGUUAAAUUUGUAAAUAUCUUCAGUGUGUUUCUUUUGACACAUUUUAGAUCAACAUUAGCAACAGCAGUAUGUGCAAAGCUGAACUGUACUGAUUUCAGUAUUUUUUAAAAGUAGAUUGUAGUGGUACUCUGCUGUGGACAUCACAUGCUUUUGUGAGAUAAAUAUUUUUCGUUUGAUGUUCUAGGUUGACAAAGUGGUUAUAAACCCAUACUUUGGACUUGGAGCUCCCGAUUAUUCAAAGAUACAGAUCCCAAAAAGAGAAAAAUGGCAAAGAAGCAUGAGCAGUGUCAUGGAAGACAAGUAUGUCAUGUUAUGUCAUUGUAAUGAAUCUUAUUUUCAACUUGCUGAAUUAGCUUAAUAGAAUAGAGUAACGGUGUCUACUCUAUUUAGCAUUCGAUAGUGUGCCAUAGGGGAAAUCCAGCUUAGAAGUGACCGAUUUUAUGCAAUAAAUAUCUGCAAAAAAAAGUAGUAAUAAAGAGAAAGCUUUAAAGUCCAUGCAUUUGCUGGGUUUUCAUCUUCUGCAGUGAGAUCUUUACAGACCAAGAAAUGGAUCAACGAAUCAGAAGGCUUCCAAUUCAUUGAGCCUACAUUGCGCGAGGGAUUGCGGGAUGUACAAUUAAGCACUUGGCAGCAUUUUUAUACAUUAUCAAAGCCUAGCGGAUCACAGCUGCUUGGCAAUUUAUCAUCUUUAGCAACAGCUCCGUUCACAGAAUUGUGGAGCUGUAGGAUGCAAUUCUACAUUUUUAUUUACAUCUAACCUGUUCUUUGUUAUUGCUCUGCAGGGAGCGCCAGUGGGUUGACGACUUUCCUUUGCACCGCUGUGCCUGUGAAGGCGAUACAGAACUGCUUGGCCGGUUACUGGAUAAGGGCUUUUCAGUAAACCAGUUAGACAAUGAUCAGUGGGCACCAAUUCACUAUGCAUGCUGGUGAGUAGCAACACGGCUCGGAUAGACAUAGAUUUAUUUUGCAAGGCUUUUUUUUUUUUAUUUUUUUUUUUUUUAUGAAGUAUAUAAAACAAAAAAAACAUGAGCUCAUAUGAAACUAAAAAACAACAUACAACAAAUAUUUGAUGUAAUCAUUAAAAGCUUGCUGUCUGAGCUUUCAACACUAGCACUGCAAAGUUUUGUUUUUUAAAUUGCAUAUUGAUUGACCACUGUGUGACCUCAGCGUUGAUAUAGCUUUAUGCAUUCUGAAUUUUAAUAUAAAUCAUGUUUGAAUUCCCAGUAGGAUGGGAAAUGAUAUUCAUGCCAUGUAUAUGCUGAUACAUUUUAUUAGGUGCUAUUGAUCGUGAAUAUAAAAUUAAGGAUUUCCCAUUGCAAUGUCAUUAUUCUUUGUUAAACAAUGAGCUUCCAUUUGCAUUUUUUCAGUAAUUGCUCAUCAGAGCUGUCCAAUCGUCUUUAUUUAAUACACUUUUAAAAUGAACAUAUUUCCAACAAUGCAAAGCAGUUAAGACGUUAGUGAUUUAGGAACAAACCAUACGACCAAUUUGCUUUUGGUUGUUUAGAGAUUGAAUCCAUCUUUGUAUAUUGAUUUAGCUAGAUCUGAAAACAAAAUGAGACUGAUUAGAGAUAGGACAGUUUGCUGAUAAAAUUCAAGGGUUUAAGUUUUUAUGUGGGCCGCAAAAAAAAACAACUUAAAUUUUCAUAGAAAUAUAGGUUUAUUUUGAAAAGUACAGUAUUAAAAAUAAAAUAAAAAAACACAGCACCCCCCUCUACUAAAUCUCAUUCCCCCCCGAUAUACUAAAUCCCAGCACCCCCUUCACUAAAUACCAGCACCCCCCUGUAGCCACUCACAUUGGCGCUGCCAGUAUGCCACUCUGGAGUACGGCCUCUGGUAUAUCCCAAAUGGCGCUGUCCACACCCUGUGCCAAAGCGGAUCCUCCCGCUGCUUCUUGAAACCCUGUGAAGGUGGAGCACGUCAAUGUCUCGUUGGAAUUUGACAUGGCGUUGUGUGCCUCAAGGUCCUCCACUGUCCAGCCACGGCUAUUGCAACACUGACUGACACAGACACUCAGGCACUCACUGACAGACACACAGACAUACAGACAGACACAUACUCACACACAUACACACACACACACACAUACAUUUACACAUUCUUGCACACACUCACAUCAUUGUAUUUAUCCCAGGGGUCCAGUGGGGAUCUUCAAUCUGGAGAUCUCCUUACUGCUGUUCACUGUUCCUUUAUGCAAGCAGUUUAGUGAUGCCGAGUGCCAGAAUAUGAUGUAAUUUUUCUGGCACCCGGCAUCACUACAGAUGGCGAUGGAGCAGUGAGGAGCAGGAAGACUGAGCUCCUCCAGUGACCUCUCCUCCCGGGCGAGUAAAUUUUAGCAGAGUAGGCACCUGCAAUGUAAAGAAAGCAGGUGCCUACUCUGCUUUAACACUAAGCAUGUACUCUCAGCUCACCGGGACUCAAAGAUGUCCAUUGUGGGCCGCGAGUUUUACAUGCUUGACUUACAUGGUUAGAAAAUGUACAGACCAAAAAGUUUAUGGGGGUUGUCCCAUCUAUAAUAUAUGCAUUAAUUGCUAAAUUGCUGUGAGUGAGUGCAUGCAUUUUGGAUGCAUGUAAGUUGAAUCAUAGGUGAACACAAUGUUGAUACCUGUCCACUGCAUUGUGGGUAAAUGCACAGACUAAAGUGCGUGACUUAUUUCCCAUGGUUUAUUAUUGGCUUCCAGGGCAGCCUUGUUUUACUGAACUGUGAACUAUUUUCCUUAGCAACUGCUGAGUUAAUCUGCUCAGUGCUAUUAGUUCUAAGGGAAUUGGCUGUCCACAGGCUAUUAAAUCUCUAACAACUGUAAUGUAUGUUUCCACUUUAGAAUGAAAGGUGUUCUUUUCACAUUCUUACUUUUACCUCCCUAAGGUAUGGCAAGGUGGAAGCCACGAGUAUGCUCCUAGAGAAAGGAAAGUGUAAUCCUAAUUUGUUAAAUGGCCAGCUCAGUUCCCCUCUUCAUUUCGCUGCCGGGGGAGGUCAUGCAGAAAUCGUACAGAUUCUAUUGAAUCACCCCGAAAUAGACAGGGUGAGUUCUUUAAUAAUGUUUUACUAUAUUUGCAGUCCCUUUUCAGUAGCAUUCUACAAGAACCUUCUUCUCAUUAUCCCUUUGAAUUCAUAUAUCCUUCAUCGUUGACAUGAUUCAAUUACAUUUUAAUGUAUUCUACCUCCUCUGUGGGCAAUGGCAGCAAGAUCAACAUCUUGGAAUUGUACUGGAAUUGUCCUCCUCAUAUUCAGUAAGAAGUAAAAAAAACUAUUUUUAGGGACUCUGGCAACCAAACUUUUUUGACCUGUUCUCUUUGUAGUUUUAAUAUGCAAUUAGCAUCUCAUUAAUAGAGUUUUCAUAUACACAUCCAUAGAGUAAUUCAUGGGCUCCUCUUUAGUCUAUCAAAACAAGUCUGUGUUUUGCAGUUCUUUAACAUCUUGUGAACUCACCGAUUUAUUUCAGCACGUCUCUGACCAGCAAGGACGUUCUCCCCUAGACAUCUGUGAAGAGAACAAGCAGAGCAAGUGGGAAGAAGCUGCCCAGCUGUUACAGGAUUCAAUGAACAAGCCGGUAUGUUGCUUGACAUUGUUAUUUAUAAUCCAUCAACGUAUUCCGCAGUGAGCGGGGACAGUGCAUGUGAGUACUUGCAACACGAAUAGUUAGAUUUACAGUUGUAGGUGUUUGAGUAUGUAAUAGCUCCCCCAGGCAUUUUUAGAAUCUCACGAUAGUAAAUUUAUAUAUAUCUGCAGGCGACUGCAAAUGCAGUCGAUAGUUUACAAUUUACUCGAAGCUGGCCUUUUUUUAAUAGGAAACUAUAGCAAAUAGCGUCCAUGUUGUUUAUUUGUACUUGUAACUACCCUUACCUGUGUUUGUUUGUAGAAGCUCCAGGAAACCACAAAAGAACCUGCAGCCUCUUUGCAGAUUACUGACCAUUACAUUUAUAUUAUUAUUUCCAACCAAUUGGCUAGUUCCUUACCGUGCAGUGAAGAUAAUCUCCUUCAGACAACCUCAGUUAUCCAAGUGAGAUUUAUUAUCCUGGUUAAACAUCCAGCCAGCACCCAGGCCACUGAUUGCUAGUCUCGGUAACACAGAAGUUUCAGAACACCACUUCUUGACAACUAGUUGUGCAUGAUGGCCAUUGUAAGCUUAGGUUGUGAUCGCACAUCCAGUCCCAAGAUUCCCAGACACCAUGUAACACUAUUUUACUAUUAAUAUAUUGAAGUGUUCUGUUUCAAGGUUAUACAUAGUUUAUCACUCACUCCACUGUGCUCUAUGCUCUGAUCCCUGCAGAGUAUGUUGAUGAACAUGUUUGUCUAUGAUUGCUUCUGUCAUGCUUGAAGAUACACUGUUAUGAUCAAAGGUCCUGUGGGAUAUUUAGAGUUCUAGAAAAUUCAGUGCUCAGAUGGUGUACCUGCACGUCUGCUGACAGUCUAUAAUUUUUUAAAAGCCCUGGUAUGUGAAUGGAAAAAAAUAGAGAAUAUAAUUUUCAAAUGUUUUUAAUAUUCAUGUGAUUAACUAUAAAAAACAUGUUAAUUUUUAUUUUUUCUUCGUUUUCUGAGACAUAGGUAGAGCAAGAGGGAUCUGAUGAUACAAUAACAUGUAGCAACUAGUGUAAUACAUACACUGCUCAAAAAAAUAAAGGGAACACAAAAAUAACACAUCCUAGGUCUGAAUCAAUUAAAUAUUCUUCUGAAAUACUUUGUUCUUUACAUAGUUGAAUGUGCUGACAACAAAAUCACACAAAAAUAAAAAAAUGGAAAUCAAAUUUUUCAACCCAUGGAUGUCUGGAUUUGGAGUCACACUCAAAAUUAAAGUGGAAAAACACACUACAGGCUGAUCCAAAUUUGAUGUAAUGUCCUUAAAACAAGUCAAAAUGAGGCUCAGUAGUGUGUGUGGCCUCCACGUGCCUGUAUGACCUCCCUACAACGCCUGUGCAUGCUCCUGAUGAGGUGGCGGAUCGUCUCCUCCUGAGGGAUCUUCUCCCAGACCUGGACUAAAGCAUCUGCCAACUCCUGGACAGUCUGUAGUGCAAUAGUGGAUUGAGCGAGACAUGAUGUCCUAGAUGUGCUCAAUUGGAUUCAGGUCUGGGGAACGGGCGGGCCAGUCCAUAGCAACAAUGCCUUCGUCUUGCAGGAACUGCUGACACACUCCAGCCACGUGAGGUCUAGCAUUGUCUUGUAUUAGGAGGAACCCAGGGCCAACUUCACCAGCAUACGGUCUCACAAGGGGUCUGAGGAUCUCAUCUCGGUACCUAAUGGCAGUCAGGCUACCUCUGGCGAGCACAUGGAGGGCAGUGCGGCCCCCUAAAGAAAUGCCACCCCACACCAUUACUGACCCACUGCCAAACCGGUCAUGCUGGAGGAUGUUGCAGGCAGCAGAACGUUCUCCACGGCGUCUCCAGACUCUGUCACGUCUGACACAUGUGCUCAGUGUGAACCUGCUUUCAUCUGUGAAGAGCACAGGGCACCAGUGGCGAAUUUGUAAAUCUUCUAACGUGUUCUCUGGCAAAUGCCGUCCUGCACGGUGUUGGGCUGUAAGCACAACCUCCACCUGUGGAUGUCGAGCCCUCAUACCACCCUCAUGGAGUCUGUUUCUGACAGUUUGAGCAGACACAUGCACAUUUGUGGCCUGCUGGAGGUAAUUUUGCAGGGCUCUGGCAGUGCUCCUCCUGUUCCUCCUUGCACAAAGGCGGAGGUAGCAGUCCUGCUGCUGGGUUGUUGUCCUCCCACGGCCUCCUCCACGUCUCCUGAUGUACUGGCCUGUCUCCUGGUAGCGCCUCCAUGCUCUGGACACUACGCUGACAGACACAGCAAACCUUCCUCCCACAGCUCGCAUUGAUGUCCUGGAUGAGCUGCACUACCUGAGCCACUUGUGUGGGUUGUAGACUUCUUCUCAUGCUACCACUAGAGUGAAAGCACCGCCAGCAUUCAAAAGUGACCAAAACAUCAGCCAGGAAGCAUAGGAACUGAGAAGUGGUAUGUGGUCACCACCUGCAGAACCACUCCUUUAUUGGGGGUGUCUUGCUUAUUGCCUAUAAUUUCCACCUGUUGUCUAUCCCAUUUGCACAACAGCAUGUGAAAUUGAUUGUCAUUCAGUGUUGCUUCCUAAGUGGACAGUUUGAUUUCACAGAAGUGUGAUUGACUUGGAGUUACAUUGUGUUGUUUAAGUGUUCCCUUUAUUUUUUUGAGAAGUGUAUAUUGUGUAUUUAAUACUGAUACAGUAGUAUCACAUGAUCCUGGGCGUAAUGUCAAUGUCUUGGAUAUAUCCAGAUACAUCAAAUAUAUUUCACAAUAUCAUUUCACAGUUCUCCCACUAGAGAGCGCUGUGUCUAACAAUUAUUUCUACUUUAAAAGCUAGCUACAUGUCUAAAUAUAUGUAAAAAGAAACAAAACAACAUUUAUUAAACAGGAAUACAAAAAAGUAAGGUAAUUCAUUGUCACUGUUUGACAAUUAUGUGUUUUCUGAAAUUUGAUAUUGUGAAAGAGAUUGUGUGUUAUAAAAAUAGCGUACAUUUACCUUUGGGGAUAUAAGCAUUACAAAAUGUUUCAAUUCCAUGUAUAAACUGGCAUUGUGAGAGUUCUCACAAAUCUGACAAUUUCAAUGGGUAAAGCUAGUUUUGUUAAAGUGCAAUCCAGGCAAAAUGGUGCCGAUCCCUUAAAGUGCUUACAAUUUUAGUUUCCAAGCAUUCUUUCAAUUUUAGAAACUAAAUUACAGAAAUUAAAGGGACACUAUAGUCACCUGAACAACUUCAGAUUAAUGAGGUUGUUCAGGUGAGAACUAUAGCUCCCUGCAGCGUUUCUCACGUAAACACUGUAUUUUCUCAGAAAAUACAGUGUUUACAUUGAAAGCUAGGAACACCUCCACUUGCAGUCACUCAGAGUGAACCAGAGGGACUUCUGAGUUGAUGGAGGCAUGAUAUGCCUCCAUCCACUCAGAUCUGCUGUGCACGAGCAUCCUGUGAUUCGGUAUCUCCUCUCACUGCAUGCAGACACUGAACUUUCCUCAUAGAGAUUCAUUGAUUCAAUUCAUCUUUAUGAGUAGAUGCUGAUUGGCCAGGGCUGUGUUUGAAUCAUGCUGGCUCUGCCCUUGAUCUACCUCCUUGUCAGUCUCAGCCAAUCCUAUGGGGAAGCACUGUGAUUGGAUCAGGCUAUCACAUGUCAGCAAACUGCUUGUUUUUCCUGAGUCUCCGCAUGCAGAUUUACUGCUUCUGGCUUGAAUACAGUAAGAUUUUUACUAUAUUUAUGGAGGCAUGAGGGGCCCAGGGGGGCUAGAUGGUCGUGUUAACACUAUAUGGUUAGGAAUACAUGUAGUUGCACUGGUGACUAUAGUCACUAGAGGCUUUAGAGGCCGAAUUAACCCUCAGUGUAAACAUAGCAGUUUCUCUGAAACUAUGUUUAUAAAAAAAAAAGAAGAAAAAAAAAAAGGUUAACCCUAGCUGGACCAGGCGCCCAGACCACUUCAUUAAGCUGAAGUGGUAUGGGUGCCUAUAGUGGUCCUUUAAUGAAUUGAGAUUUUGAUUUAUUUAAAUGACAUAUAUUUGUUAUUUGGGGAGGAUUUCACUUUUUCUGCAUAAAUAGCCAUGUUGGGCCUGACUCUAUGACCAGCUGCUACUCCGUCUAACUCACCUGAUGUUGUAGUUACACAUAGAGCAAUCACAGCAGCAGGCUAGUUAGAUUGAUCAGCAGUCAGAUAGAUAUCCAUAGAGUCUCACCAAAUAUGACUGCUCAGCCCAAAAAAAGAGAAAUGUUAUUUAAAAAAAAUAAUAAAAAAAAUGUCAUUCAAUGUAAUAAACUUUUUUUUUUUUUUUUUUUUAGUAAACCAGUGUGAAAACGUGAGGACUUUUGUCCCUUACUCUUGCUGUCGUUGGUGCCAACCUAUUAUUAAGUGUUACAGGCCUUGAUCAACAAUCUGGAUCUCUUUCCAUCUAUUAAGCAGUUAAUUAUUUGCAGCAACGUAGCCCAUUAGGGAUACAUUUGUCUCAGUUUAAAUACUACAGAAAUAGUCUCAGUUAGGAAAAAGCAUCUGUCUAACUAUUGUAUUGUCUAGUCUAAUGUACAAUUGCAUCUUGACCGUGAGAAGUACUGUUUCCACUCUCUACAAAUUUAACCCCUUAAGGACCAAACUUCUGGAAUAAAAGGGAAUCAUGACAUGUCACACAUGUCAUGUGUCCUUAAGGGGUUAAAAUAACAAAGUUGUAAGAUAAGAGUGCCGGUAUAUCAUUGAAACAUUUAGUUGUUUUCUUUCUCCAUGCAGUAUUGAUUACUGCGUACCCCUAUAGCAGGUUCUUGCCAGCAUCCUCACCUUCUAUCAAAAUCUACCAUAUCAACCAGGGGUACAUCCAAGCACUACUAACACAAAUAAAAUAGAGUCAAAUAUAUUUUGUAACAUAUACUAUGUGAACAGUCUCUCAUAAAUAAAGGAGUAUUUGAUCAUUGUGAUACAAUCGUAUAGAAAAUGCGAAACAAAUCUAAUUAUCGGACAUUUUGUGUGUGCAACACUUAAUGGCCUUUAACUCUGUUAGUCUCAAGGCAAAAUCACAUCAGCUUAAACUGCUUUGUUGUUUUUUUUUUCCAGUUCACAACUUAUUUUUCACAAUUUGCAUUUCUUAAAAUCUAUCUCCCCCUCCCGCUUUUUCUGGUCUUUCAGGUCAUUGUCCACUCGAUGCACUAACAGCCAUUAGAGGCUGAUCUUUUGUUAUUUUAAGGUCCUCGGGGGCUAGGGAAUCACAUCAUAUUUUUCAAAAGUUUUUAAAUUACUAUUCUAGCACAUUUCUAUUCCUAGGUGCAGACCCUAAAAGUGUUAGUAUAUAUGUAUAUGAAAAAGAGGAGCCAUGCAAUGCAUUCUGUAAAAUAAUCCAAACUAGUUUUUUGGUUAUUACGUAUGUUUAUACAUAAUGUCUCUAAUUUCUGGGUUCUGUUUUUGUUUUUGUGGUAGUAUGAAAAAGUGCGUAUAUAUCGAAUGGACGGGUCAUACCGCUCAGUGGAGCUGAAGCAUGGCAAUAAUACGACGGUACAGCAAAUCAUGGAGGGAAUGCGUCUUUCACAAGAGACCCAACAGUACUUCACCAUUUGGAUCUGUUCAGAGAAUAUCAGUAAGCAUGGUUCUUCAAAAUGUCUAAUUUAGACCAAAAUAACCAAAAAGAACACGUAGAGAGACACUCUAACACAAACAAUCACUGAUUUGGUAGCUAUACCUCCUAACAAAACCAAUCUUUCUAGUUCAGUCUAAAAUUAGCAAUUUGCCCUGAAUUCAUGACCGUUCACACUUGAGUGAAUAAACCUUCCAGAUUUUAUGAUUGAAGACAAGUCUUGAAAAUAUUGAACAUUUAAUAUUGGAUUUACAAAAAAAUUAUAAUCACAAGACAUGCUUUGUUUAUUGCUUUAAAGGAACACUCUCAAAGCACCAUAACCACUUCCGAACACUGUAGUAGUUAUGGUGCUUGGAAUGUUCCAUUCAUACAUAUUCCUUUUUAAUUAUGUGUUUGUUUUUUUUCCUUUCCUAAGGUCUUCAGUUGAAACCAUUUCACAAACCUUUGCAGCAUAUCCGAGAUUGGCCAGAAAUCGUUUGUGAGCUGACCAACCUAGAUCCACAAAGAGAGACUCCGCAACUCUUUCUUAGGAGGGAUGUGAAACUUACUCUAGACAUAGAGAAAAAAGUAAGAUAUGCUUUUUAAUGAAUAUAAACCAUUUAAGAACACAUAACACCAAAUCAGAAAUAUUGGCUUACAGUCCUUAAGUAAGACUUAUUUUGUUGUUUUGGCUUUGUGCUCCAGUACAUCGAUUUCAAAAUGGAGUGAAAACUGUAGGCUGGCACUGCAGCCUGGGACGAACUCCCUGCCAACGCUAGUGCAGAAGGUCUGUAAUGAGUCGAACUCCUUAGCUGACUCCUUUAUAAAUGUAAAUUAAAUAUUUUUCAACUAAUAAAAAAUACGAUUUGCACAGUAAAUAUAUAAUCCUUUGUUCACCCAAUCUGCAGCUGGCAUAUUCAGUAUAGACCUUGAUCUUGUUGUGUUUUAUGUACUUCGUUCAGAACCAAAAAUGCAGAUUAAGCAGUAAAAUCAAAGUGACUGUUUGCAAAGAAAACAUGGUAAUUAUGGUAUAAAAGAAGCCAGUGAAUCUUAUGUGUUGUCGCAUCUGAUGUGGAAACUACCAAGCCACACUUUUGUUCAUUCAAGACCAUAAUUGGUGACUGAGUAGAUGGGUAAUCUAAAUAUCAACAUAACAAUGACAAGCUGUCUGCAGAUUUUAUUUAGUAUAAUUUGAUGUAGUAAUGGCCUAAGUAGAGGAAAACCGCUAUCUCGCAGUCAAUGAGGUUAUUGUAUCCAUUGGAACGUGAUGUUUGAUGAAAGGCCUGUACAUAACAAUAACAAGGUUGUGUAACCUGAGUGGUAUCAAGUGGAUGUUUGUGUAAGAGACUGAACUUGGUCAGGUGUCCUGGCUCGGGAGUGAAAUUGAGCGCAUAGCCGAGGGGAGAUGGAGCAAAAUGUAAUAUAUAAUAUGCGUUUAAUUUAAGAUUUAGGAGCAAAAAGAAAAAUUUAAAUUGUUAAAAAGGGAAGACCUGUGUGAGGACGACCGUAAUUCCCAUGAUCCUCUAUUAACCAGGAGGGACUUGGACAUGUGUUCCUUCAUACCCUAGGCAUGCAGAGGUAUGCGAGGGUUAAAAGUGUGGCUUGGAAUACCCAGAGAGCUGUCCCCUUUAACACAUGCCCUGGUAGCACAGGCACACUCUCCCUCGCCCUAACGGCUACAACUCUAGACUCCCCAGGUACGACAGGGCAAGCUGGAGGGACCCAGAUAGGACCCAGGCUCAAACUGAGUGCAAAUUUGUUGGCGCUAUAUAAAUAAUAACAUAAUAAAAGGGACUCCAGCUCCCAGUGUAAUUAUUUUUAUAAUGAUAUUUGGCUAAUGGCUACUUGCUUGGCCAGCUGGCAGACAAUACAUAAUAUUUUAGUCUCAAAAGCCACCUACCAUAAUAACAAAUAAUUAAAUCAAAGUAUAUCAGAAUUCCAAUGGUCAGAAGCAACAGGUCAUUAGAAUUAUAUCCUUCCCAGCAUACUCUUGUUGAUCUGUGAUUUAUAAAAUAGAAUUCUACAAUUCUUUCAGUGAUUCCUGUCCCAGGUCUGAAAGCCAACAAACAGUCCAAAUGUUGCCAGUAUUCCCUAAAAAGAGAAUUGUCAGACGGCUAAAUCCUGGAUAGCUGCAUUGCAUCACAACUGGGUUGGAAACCCGCUGCAAUAGAAAAAAAAAAAAAUCAUAAUUCAGCCAUAGUACUGCUGUAUCCCAUAAUACGCCCUGUUGGCAAAACAUUUGACCGUUUGUGUCUUCUGAUCUCUUUUUUAAGAUUGAAGACCCUCUUGCUAUUCUCAUCCUUUUCGAUGAAGCCCGGUACAACCUCCUCAAAAGUUUCUAUCCAGCACCAGAUGCAAAACUUAUCACUCUAGCCAGCCUUCUCCUCCAGAUAGUCUAUGGGAACUACGAAAGCAAGAAACACAAGCAAGGAUUCUUAAAGUGAGUUUCGUCUACCACUAUUGGUCCAGAUCGCAACUGUAUCUUUAUUUACCAAUAUGUUUUGGGAGAUUGGGGGCGGGUUUCUCCUGAAUUUAUUAUUUGUGAUAUUACAAUUUUUUGUUUCAGUGAAGAAAAUCUAAAAUCUAUAGUACCGAUCACUAAAGUAAAGAGCAAAGCACCGCAUUGGACAAAUCGAAUUCUGCAUGAGUAUAAGGUGUGUGUGUGUAUAUAUAAAUCCAAGUGUUUAUUUGUUCUGAUGCUAAACUGAUGGCUUUAUAGAAUAUAUACAACUCUGUUUGUUAUCCUCGCGUUGAUCCUAUGCUUACUUAAAGAAACACUAUAGCUCUAGGAAAACAAACGUAUAUUCCUACUGCUAUAGUGCCCUUCUAGGUAGUUAGGUUAGAGCGACAACCACUAUAGGCAUUUGACCCUUUCCUGACGUAAGGGAGUGCUAUGGCAUCCUUCAAAAGGAGGGCAAUAACGCUGUUAUGGCGGCAUAGCACUCCCUAAUGAUGUGGCCCUCCUUGGCAAUCGCAAUCAGGGGACCUGUCUGACAACCCACACAGUCCCACUGCAGCCACUCCGGCUGAUCCUGAUCUUUUCCAUUGAUGGGUGCAAUGUUUCCUUCCAGUCACCGUGUUUUCCCUAAUGAUACUUCAUCCCAUCCUAUACUGUACUGUUUCAAAUGUGAAGCAUUCCAGUCUUCUAUUGAUAUUAAGUGAAUUGUUUUUCUGCGCAUCAGACAUACUUGUUUAUAGUCAUACUUUUAUAUAUAAACUAUGUAUUUUGCAUAUAUGAAAUAUACAAAUAUAAUUAACUUUGUUUAUUAUUAUAUUACGUUUUAUAUAUAUAUUAUUUAUUUUCUAUACACACACAUGCUAAAAUGACAAUCUUAAAAUAGUGCAAAACAAUAAAAAUUGUAUACAUUAUACUUCUGCGUUAUUCUUUUGGUCACUGUGAGUGUUACUGAUUUAAUCAGCAAUACCAAAGGAAGCAAAGCUUUCAUUGUGAUUUCUUCAUUUCUUUAGAAUUUGAGUAUGAGUGAGGGUGUGAGCAAAGAGAUGCAUCACAUGCAGCGGAUGUUUCUCCAGAAUUGCUGGGACAUUCCCACAUAUGGAGCCGCAUUCUUCACGGGCCAGAUUUUCACAAAGGCCAGUUCUAGCAACCAUAAAGUUAUCCAAGUGUACGUUGGAGUCAACACAAAAGGCCUGCAUCUGCUUAAUCUGGAAACCAAGGUAACAUUGAUGCCAUAACUUGUCUUUGUCUUGAAGGGCCAUUCCAGGCACCAAAAUCUUUGUCUUCCAUAAAUAAUUGCUGCUUAGCUGUAGGAUUUCUUUCCAUGUGCUUACUGUCAUUUCAGUGAGGAAUACAUUCUGCAACAGUGUUACAGCUUUGAUACCUUUGAAAGGGACACUCCAGGUGACAUAACCACAACGAGGCCAAAUGCUAUCAAAUAAAGUUAUUUUGGUGCUUGGAGUGUACUUUAAGUUGCAUUCAUAUGCUUUUACGUCCAUAAAUCCAAGUAAUAAUGAUGCAAAAUAAACCAUUAACUUAGAAACCUGUUAAUAGAGGUUUUGUUUUCAGUUGUUGCAUUAUGGUACUAUCCACAAAUAAAUUGUGCAGCAGAUGUAAAGACUUAAAGAGAUCUGGACAUUGCUUAAUUAAGGCACCUUAAUUGAAUGUACCUAGUUGAUGUCUAUCUUAUGGCAUUUUAUAAUGUAACUUAUAUUCCAGAUACACACUGUAUUAGGUCUUAGAUUAAAGGGACACUGUAGGCACCCAGACCACUUUAUCUCAUUGAAGUAGUCUGUGUGCAGUGUCCCUGUCCUCUUAACCCUUCAAUCUAAAACUGCAGUUUCAGAGAGACUUCAAUGUUUUCAUUGCAGGGUUAAGCCUGCCUCUAGUGGCUGUCUACCAGACAGCCCCUAGAAGCGCUUCCUGUCCUUUCACAGAGUUUGACUCUGUGAAACAACUCUGGAUGUCCUCACACUUUGCUAAGGAUGUCCAGCGUCUAAUAAAUUUAUUCAGUGCGUUCCUAUGGGAAAGACCUAAUGCUUGCGUGGCACUCGCCGGGCAUGUGCAUUAGGUUCCCCUACGACGCUGACGUUGGAGAAAGAGCCAGCACCGAAAGACUUCGGCGCUGGCAUCUGGUAAGUAGUUAAAGGGUUUUUAACCCUUUAACUGCUGUUGGUGAGGGGCUGCAAGGGAGGUGGUGGCAGAGGGACAUUAUAGUGUUAGGAAUAUAGCUUUGUAUUCCCAAUACUAUAGUGUUCCUUUAACUUCCAUGAGUUUUCAUUGAAUUAUGUGGAUUUGGCUUUUCACCUGUUAAUGGCAUUAUAAAAUGUUUUCUUUUUUUUUUUAUUCUUUUUACUUGGAGGAAUACUUUGUUUGUAUCAAAGUUUGCUGUUUGAGAAACUUCCUAUGUGUGUGUUUGCAGGCCUUGCUGAUCAGUUUGAACUUUGGACGGUUCACAUGGCAGUUGGGAGAUGCAGAUAUUUGCUUCCAAAUCCAUAGCCUGGAAAAUAAAAUGAAUUUUAUCGUACACACGAAGCAGGUAAUUGUCCCGUUACUGCAGAUCAAUGUUUUUAUUAUGCCGUGCAGCAGUAACAAGUGGAUCAAAACAAAAUAAAACAGAAAAGGUCUUAGUUCGGUAAUGUGUUCCAGAGCAGGCAUAUUCUCUAAGGGUUAUUUUCAAGUGUGAAAUGUCAUCCAAAGGAAAUUUCAACUUUAUUGAAUAACCCAGUCCGUGCUGACAGACAUUCUGCAUUCUUAAUCUUUUAAACCUGCGAACAGGGCCCUGUCCCUCCAUCUGGCAUGUCUAAACAUGUAAUGCUACCUAUUACCACCUUCCAAACAAGCUAAUCUGAUCCAUUCUUGUAUAACUUUAUAUUGCUGUCUAUCAGAGCUAGUCUUCCAUGUUUCCUUAUAAUCCCUUUUGUCAAUAAUAAAAUUUAACAAGUUGAAUAGAACCGUGUGUUGCCAUAUGUAUGGGAUCAGUACAGCUGUGUAUUGUAUGCUGUGUGUGUAACACACCUGCGCAUUGUAUGCUUUGGGCAAUAUAUGGAGCAUUUCUAAAAUCUAAAUGUUUAAGUGGUUUCUAAUGAAAAACAAAGUUUAAAAGUGCCCUCAGUGUGAUUAUGCAAAAAAUAUUGUACUCAGCUUGAAUGAUUUUAGAAUUGAAAUUUGAAUUGAAUCUGGAAACACUAUAUUGCAGUGAUACAAUAGAUUCAUCUUUUUGACAUAUGUUUAAGGGACACUACAGCACUGACUAAGCUGCUUUCAAUUCACAACUUGGCUGCAGACAGCUGGAGCAACUAAAACAGGUAGUGGUCUCCUCUCAUUCCAAUGCAGUUUGUUUUGCAGUUCAAAUCAUUUAGUGCUUUUGGUGGUAAAGCUGUGUACAUACAUUUGAUAAGGAAAUCUUCUCCUGUAGUGAGGGGCAUGGCUAAGUAGGAGGGCUUAUGGUGCAACAUUCUGCAAAGAAUUGUUGUUGUUUUUUUUUUUUUAUAAUACAAAAACUAUAUAUUAAAUAAAAAGAUCUGAGCAUACAAAAAUACAGCGUAUUAAUGAGGCUAAAACCUGUAAAUCAAAUGCAUUAAAAUUGUAUUGGUGUUCUGAGAGUCCUUUUUUAAAUAAAGAAAACUCACUCUGAUUCUAAAUAUACAGUUAUUUCUGCAUAAUCAUUUUACGUACUUGUAUUUUGCCUUUUCUCCUCUUGCACGCAGGCUGGCCUUGUAGUGAAACUGUUGAUGAAGUUAAGUGGUCAGUUUACACCCGCUGAUCGGAACGUGUCUGAAAGAUAUGGUUACGGCUAGCAACCCAAAAUGGCCUCUUGCUGCUUCUUGACGGAUUAUUGGAGUGUGACAAAGUGACUUGUUUAUGAGUAAUGUGUCCAUAAAUUACUCCUCACACUCCUCUUGCACUCUGCAGUGAUCACUAUGGAACAGGAUGACUUUAUUUAUGACAUACUCUUCUUGUUUUCUCAUACAUCUCGUGCACUUUCUGCUUAUAGACUUUGGUGAAUCGAAAUGGACCAAAGUGAAUUUGGUUCUGGUUAGCCAGUCCAAAAUGGAUUCUUAAUGCCUUUUCACAUUUACUCAGUGUUUAGUGAUCUUAUUGUGCUUAGCUUGACCUAGAACCAUUCCUGUUGCCUUCUGAUACUUCGCAGGAAUAUCUAACAUGGAGACCAAGACUAAGCUUCGCUAAAUUAUGAUAGACUUUUCCAGCCUCAAGUGUCUUAUACAUUCCAUGUUUCUACAAUGCAAUGAGAAUGAAGGAUUCUGUUUUAUCCCGUUGCCAUAAGGAUAUCCUGGUUUCUUCCAACAAUGACUAUUUUGAUGUUUAGUUUUUUUGUUUUAUGUUUCCUUGGUUUGUUUUCUUUGCUGGAAAAAAAAUACAAUAUUUAUUAAAAAAACAAACAAAAAAACAA